AUGGCGGCAACACCGGCCUGGGACAGGGAGGAAUCCCUCAUUUUCUUCCAGCAGCUGCUCUUCCUCCACGGCGUCCUCCUCGCCGCCUACUCCUGGUACGCGAACGGCGGCGCCGGGUGGUCGCGCGGCGCGGUCGCCGAAUGGGUGGACGCGGCCGCGCGCACGGUGUCGUGGCUGCUGCUCGCCGCGUACCUGCAGUUCGAUUUCGGGCGGCGUCAGCGGCGCCAGGAGCGGUUCCCCGCGCCGCUCAGGCUUUGGUGGGCGCUCUUCAUGCUGCUCUCCGUCGUCGCCGUCGGCGUUCACGCGGCGACGAGUCUGGACGGGUUCCUCGUGCCCGCUCGGUCGUGGGCGCUCGACGCAGUCUCUGUUACUGCAGCAGUGGUUCUACUCUCAGCUGGGUACUUCCUCGGAAGGAAGGAGGGAGAAGGACGCGGCCAUGCUUCCGAGAAGCAGGAGCCUCUGCUUAACGGCGCACACGAGGCGGCCGAUGACGACGACGAGAACAGCAGCAGCGCCUCCGACGCAUCCUUGUUCACUGGCGCCGUAUUUCUUAGCGUGCUCACCUUCUCUUGGAUGGGGCCCCUGCUCGGCGUGGGCCACAGGAAGACCCUCGUCCUGGAGGAUGCCAACCUUGAGGCGCUCACCCGCGACGUCAGGUCGAGCCGGAAGGUCGUCACUGCGUUCAAGCUCACCAAGGCCCUGUUGCGCACCCUAUGGUGGCACGUCGCGGUGACCGCGUUCUACACGCUGGUCUACUGCGUCGCCGCCUACGUCGGGCCGUACCUCAUAGACUCCCUGGUGCAGUACCUGUACCUCAGCAACGACGAGAGGUACGCGGGCAAGGGGCAGCUUCUCGUGCUCGCCUUCGUCGUGGCCAAGGUGCUCGAGUGCCUGUCGCAGCGGCACUUGUUCUUCCGGCUGCAGCAGGCCGGGAUACGCGCGCGGUCGGCGCUCGUCGCCGUCGUGUACCAGAAGAGCCUCGCGCUCUCCAGCCAGUCGAGGCGGAGCCGCACGAGCGGAGAGAUGAUCAACAUCGUCAGCGUCGACGCCGACCGCGUCGGCAUCUUCUCAUGGUACCUGCACGAGGAAUGCUUGCUUGUGGAUUUGGCUUCAAAAACAGUGGUUUAUGUCACUCAUCAGAUUGAAUUCCUACCUGCCGCCGAUCUCAUUCUUGUCAUGAAAGAUGGGAGAAUAGCACAGGCAGGAAAAUAUGACGAAAUACUAGGUUCAGGUGAAGAGCUCAUGGAGCUAGUUGGUGCCCACAAGGAGUCCCUAACAACACUAGAUGUGAUCGACGCCAUGAAUAAUGGAGGCAAUGUAUCCUCCUCCUCCUCUCCCAGUGGCAGAGAGAAGCCUAAUCUGUCCAGAUCACUGUCAUUAGCUGAGAAGAAACAUGAAGCCAACGAUGAUGAAGGGAAUGAUGCUCGGAGUGGGCAGUUGGUGCAGGAGGAAGAAAGGAGAAAGGCAGGGUGGGGUUCUGGGUGUACUGGAAAACAGAUGCUUUUUCAAGUAAUUCAGAUUGCGAGCAAUUACUGGAUGGCUUGGGCUGCUCCGGUGUCAAAGGAUGUUGAGCCUCCGGCUUCAACCGAUCAAAGUGAAGUGGACACCAACAUUGCUGACCAGAUGGGCACUGUUGCAUUUUCCAUAAUUCAGCUUGUCGGGAUUAUUGUGGUGAUGUCUCAGGUUGCAUGGCAGGUCUUUGUUGUUUUCAUCCCUGUAUUUGCUGCCUGUGUCUGGUAUCAGCGAUACUACAUUGACACAGCUAGGGAGCUGCAAAGGCUAGUAGGAGUUUGUUAUGCUCCUAUCAUACAACAUUUUGCUGAAUCAAUAGCAGGGUCAAGUACCAUUAGAAGCUUCGGCAAGGGAAAUCAAUUUGUGUCAACUAACAGCCGUCUAACAGAUGCCUACUCUCGGCCCAAAUUCUACAACGCUGGAGCAAGGGAGUGGCUUUGCUUUCGUCUGGAUGUGCUGUCAUCUCUUGUAUUUGCCUUUUCUUUGAUCUUUUUGAUCAAUCUACCGACCGGUCUCAUCGAUCCAGGUAUUGCUGGUCUUGCUAUCACAUACGGGCUUAGUCUGAACACGUUGCAAGCACAGGUUGUCUGGAGUAUGUGCACUUUGGAGAACAAGAUUAUAUCAGUGGAGAGAAUUCUACAGUACAUAAGCAUUCCUACAGAACCCCCGCUUGUCAUGUCAGAAAAUAAGUUGGCUCAUAACUGGCCAACAAAUAGAGAAAUUCAGCUCCAUAAUCUCCAUGUGAAAUAUGCACCACAGUUGCCAUUUGUUCUGAAGGGCCUUACAGUCACUUUUCCGGGUGGCAUGAAGACCGGUAUAGUUGGAAGAACAGGAAGUGGCAAAUCAACCCUCAUUCAGUCCCUCUUCCGUAUCGUGGACCCUACUGUCGGUCAGAUACUGAUAGAUGGCGUCGACAUCUGCACAAUUGGACUGCAUGAUAUGAGAUCCAGAUUGAGCAUCAUUCCACAAGAGCCGACGAUGUUCGAAGGAACUGUCAGAAGCAACCUUGAUCCUCUUGGGGAGUACUCUGAUGAUCAAAUCUGGGAGGCUUUGGAUUGCUGUCAGCUAGGGGAUGAAGUUAGGAAGCAGGAGCUGAAGCUUGACUCACCAGUGAUAGAGAAUGGCGAGAACUGGAGCGUGGGCCAGCGUCAGCUCGUGUGUCUUGGUAGGGUGAUUCUGAAACAGAGCAAGGUUCUUGUUCUGGACGAAGCCACUGCUUCAGUGGAUACUGCAACCGACAACUUGAUCCAGAGAACACUGAGGCAGCAGUUUAAAGAGACGACCGUCAUUACGAUAGUGCACAGGAUCUCGUCCGUUCUUGACAGCGACAUGGUGCUGCUCCUUGACAAUGGCGUGGCCGUCGAGCACGACAGGCCCAACAAAUUGCUGGAGGAUAAGUCGUCUCUGUUCUCAAAGCUCGUAGCAGAAUACACCAUGCGGGCGGCGCAUACAUAA